AAUGAAGUCACAUUAGUUAAACAUCUAAACCGAGUCAAAAUUGUCUUAUGUAAGAAGCAAAAUACUUUUAACAAUUAAAUAAAGCAAUGAUUUUGUCCUCAUUUAUGAUUAUGCUUAAAUAUCCCCAUCUUUACUUAGACUGGGUAGUUAGGUAGGUCGGGUGUUGGUGUUGUUUUGUUUGGCUACUUUGAUCACUUCAAAAUUCAAUAAUCCCCUCUUUUCCUUGUUUCCUUUCUCUCUAAAAUCUUUGAAAAAUCCCAUCUUUUUCUUUCCUGGAACCAUAAUUUUCAAACAGUGAAAUUCAUUGCACAAGCCCAAAAAAAGAAAAGACAGAGAAAAUGAAAUGCUUCCAUUUUAGUAAUGGAGAUGGGGAGGAAGAGGAGGACGGCGACGAGAAAUACGAUGCGGUUUCUUCUCACCAUUGUUCCCGGACGUCGUCCCGGGUUUCAUGGGCGCGGUCAUUGAGCGUGGCAUCGAGCCGGGCUGACUCAGUGGUUAGCAGCCGGCCGGAGUACGACGACUUCUUCACCGACUCGUCGGUGGAGUUCCAAGAGUUCCUCAGUCAGCGCCGGCGGAGAUUGGGGAAUGAUCUCAGAGUGUUCAGCUUCGGGGAGCUCAAGGCCGCCACCCGAGGCUUCAGCCGGGUUCUGUUGAUCGGUGAAGGCGGGUUCGGGUGCGUUUACAGAGGAGCUGUCUUGUUACCGGGUCCGGGUCAAUCCAGUACCGUGGAGGUUGCUAUUAAGCAGUUGAAUCGGAAUGGAUACCAGGGGCACAAAGAAUGGAUCAACGAGGUGAACUUUUUGGGGGUAGUUAAUCAUCCGAAUCUCGUGAAGCUAAUUGGAUAUUGCGCAGAGGAUGAUGAGAGAGGGAUUCAGCGACUUUUGGUGUAUGAGCUUAUGCAUAAUAAAAGCUUGGAGGAUCACUUAUUGGCCCGAUCAUCAUCAUCUCCUCCUCUCUCGUGGAUGCAGAGAUUAAAGAUCGCUCAAGAUGCAGCCCGUGGUUUAGCCUACCUUCAUGAAGAAAUGGACUUUCAGCUAAUAUUUCGAGAUUUCAAGGCUUCAAAUAUUCUUCUAGAUGAAAAUUUCAAAGCAAAGCUGUCCGAUUUUGGCUUAGCAAGACAGGGUCCAGCAGCCGGAUUAGGCCAUGUUUCAACAACAGUUGUUGGAACAGUUGGCUAUGCUGCCCCAGAAUAUGUACACACUGGAAAACUCACCGCAAAAAGUGAUGUUUGGAGCUUUGGCGUGGUCCUAUAUGAGCUCAUUACAGGUAGGCGGGUCUUGGAGCGAAAUUUGCCUCGGGCGGAGCAGAAACUUUUAGAAUGGGUGAAACCUUUCGUGUCGGAUUCAAAAAAAUUCCACUUCAUUAUGGACCCACGACUUCGAAGACAGCAGAACUGCACCAAAUCGGCUCAGAAACUUGCAUCCCUCGCCAACAAAUGCCUCAUGAAACACCCCAAGGCUCGCCCUAAAAUGAGCGAGGUAGUCGAGAUGCUCGAGCACAUUAUCUGCGAUGCGUAUACCGCACCAGAUUGUAUACUAGAAAAGCCGGUUAACAGCACCAAAAAUGUGGAGGAAAGUUUUGAAGGGAUGGACGUGGCUCAAGAGUCGGCUGCCAAACUUGGGGGGAGUAGUAGAAGGGGAUUUGAUAUAAGAAAAGAAAUGGUGAAUUUCAGGAACAAAUCCAUUGGGAGACUAGACUGGAGAAACUGGACUCCUGGUUUGGUUAGAAGUUCAUGAUAUGGCCCAAACAAGAUGGCCAUACAUCCGGGAACGAAUUGCUUGAGAAGAGAUGAAGCUGUCUUCGCAGAGUGUAAAUAUAACCACGAAAAAAAAAAGAGACCUUUCCGUGUUUCAUCAUAAUUUGAACAUCUCCUCCAAAUUCUUAAACCAUUCUAUUAUUAGUUGAAGUUAAUAUGCAUUCUCUCCGUCAACUUUUCAAUGUCGCAGUUCUAUGUAUUGAAUCCGAACAAGAAAAGGUUUGAAGUGGAGAUCAACUUUCCCAAGAAAAAAGAAAGGCAAUGAGAGAUUAACUGACACCAGGCUUCAAUUACUGUGCUUGUGCUGCUGAAGUUACACUAAUUCAAACAUUCAUCUGGAUAAAGGCCACAGAAAAACCCCCACUUGGAGCAACAUUAAACUGGUAGAUUUCCCUCGAGCAUAUAUUGGAUCUCAAAUGAUUGCACCUAAAGAGCCCAAUACAAAACGGCCUUAUUACUAGGACUGGACAAAGAAUUUUUAAAACUAGAGCAUUCAUUACUUACACACACACACAU